AUGGCAGAGGAAGAUAUGACAACCUCUGGCUCAGCACACGAUACUGGCAAGAUGCCAGAACGCGAGGAAUCCGAGGAUGGCACGCCCAGUCCUAUGCCGAUACCUACGCCGAAUCCUAACGGCAUGGUGACCAUGGCAGCAGCAGAUCUCAUUGCACUCUGCGAGCGACUGAUAUCAGCACGCGCGCCGCCACCUCCUCCACCUCCUCCACCACCUCCACCUCCUCCGAACCCUAUACCAGAAGAAGAUCCGAACAUGCUGGCUCGCGAAUACCAGAAGGAAGCGCAGGCCUCGUUGAACACAAAGUCCGUCACCACGUUCGAUGGCACCAACUACCAGACGUGGAAGAUGGCGUUCUUGUCGGAUGCAGAAGUGAUCGGUGGUGCAGAUAUUCUUAAUAAGAACCAACAGGAACCACCUGAAGGUUUAUCAUCGCUCGAUCAGCGAUAUUGGGUGAUACGUUCAAAACUUCUCUUCCGUCGCAUGUUGCAAUCCCUAGUAGGUUCUGUCCGUUUGACCAUGGGAUCCAUUCAACCCGACAACGCGGCGGCCCUAUGGAACAAGGACGGUGAUUACCUGGCAUACGUACGCCGAUAUCAAUACCUGUCUGCUCGCAUGCGACAACUAACGGAGGACCGUGGUGAGAACUACCUCCAUGAUUUCUUUAUUAUCGGCCUCCGAGAUUAUCAGAGGACCUAUGUUAAAUCACGCCUCGAUACGUUCUACGGGAUGGGUCAGGGUCCGAUUGUCAACCUAGAUAUCAACGAUCUCACAAAACAAAUUGCUCACCGGAUGAGUAAAUCAGAGGGUACUGGACGCCCUAAAGCUCCAAAGGCCAACGCGGCCACCAAUGAUAAUGACAACACAACUUCCGCCGCAACCGCAAAGUGCGGAUACUGCAAGGUCCCAGGGCAUAUAAAGGCUAAUUGCUAUCAUCUGAACCCUGACAAAGCACCCGAGUGGUGGAGGAAAGAGAAUAAGGAUAAUAAGGGCACUGACAACACUGAAGGUGCCAAAAAGAAGGGAAAGGAUAAGAAGAAGGACAAGGAUGACGACAAACGUACUGGCACCAGAGCGCCAGAUCUCCUUGCAUCGCAACCUAAUGCCAACGCAGCAAUUGCUUUAUCUACGUCGUCCGCUACAACAUCCAAACCUUGGUAUCUCGACACCUGCGCAAGCUUCAAUAUGACGGGUGAAAGGCACUCGUUGGUGCGCGCAAAGUCGUUCGAAGGUGAUUUAGAAAUUACUACCGCGGACGGUGGCGUAGGACGGGUUGAGGAGAUAGGUGAUAUCCUUCUAGAAUCAGAAGGGGGGGAUAUCUCAGUGGGUUACGUCCACUGGAUCCCCAAUCUAACAGUCAACCUUCUAUCCUUUGCGAAGCUAGAAGAUCAAGGCUUCAGAUACCAACUAUCAGAUACCACCCCUUCCUAUUUUACAAUAAGGGCCCCGAACGGUGCCAACUUCACCGCUGUUCGCACGUCCAAAGAAUCGGUCUACAAGAUAAUAGAACGAGAAUCUCAAAUAGACGUCCAUCACCCGUCCCAGGCCGUCCAUUUUAUGGCCAAAUCUUACAAUUACGGGGACGCAAUGUCGACAAUCGCGGGGAAACCUAACAAUGAACCUAGCGAUCGCAACCCCCUGACAAGAACACU